AUGGCGUUAUCUUCGUCGACGCUCAACACCUUAUCGUUUUUACACUGUUCACCAAAGAUCGAAGUGAAAGCUGCAAAUAAAUGGCGGCCGAGCUGCGCUGCUACUAGGUCACAAUCACAGGACAACUCAAAAUCACGAGACUCGGCUUCGGGACGCAGCUAUAGGAAAGUGUGGAGGCGACGAAAUUUGACCAAAAGAGAUGAUUUUUCGGUAUACGGUAGGGAAAGGGUUCCGUUUCUCGAGGAGCAGGUCAGGAAGAUAAGAGAAACGGGAGAGAUUGUGUCGAUGGAUAUUGAGAGGCUGUUACUAUCAGAAGAAAACAGGUUUGCUUUCGUUAAUGAUGUGGCGGCCGAGGCAAAUCGGUACGUGGAGAAUAACCGUGAUGAGUAUGGCUCGAAGAAAGCUAUUCUCCAUGUCCUAAGCAACAGAAUGAACGAUCUUGGGUUUAAUAGACCCGAGGCUUACCUUGAGGAUGACCCUUACAAGCCCGGUCCUGGUUUUCUGAAGCAAGAAGUCUUUAAUGACUAG